UAUAUGCAAGCAGAUCCAUAGCUGAAAUAGUGUUUCUGGAAAACAAAGUAUUAAAGAUCAUCACCACCAUCUAACUUAAAAUGUCAUUGUACUCUCAAAUUUCAUCUGUACUGUACAUUCAUGAUAUUUUUAUCAUGCUUGUAAAGACUUAAACAUGACAUUAAAUUUGGUAUUUCAUUAUUUUUACUGUGCAUUACAUUACAUGAAUCUUGAAAUGUAAACAUUUUAAAUAUGGAAAUGAGGCACUUUGGGGAGGCACCCCAUUGUUAUUCAGAGCCAAACUGACAGAAGUUUAUAAACCUCAAGAAAGGAAAUUUGCUCACACCCAGUGCAAUGGCGAUUGUAGCAAAGCUGAUUUUCAUUCUCUGCAGUUUGGCCUCAAUAACAGUGUCCAAAUAUGAGUUUAAGGAGGUUGGAAGUUCAUUUCAACUGGAUAUGCCAAAAAAUGUACAUUUUGCAAAGCUUACAUGGAUGUUUAAUUCCAAAUUUAUGUUGAAAUGUAAUUCUGGGGAAGUGGUGCACUUUCCUGCUUAUAAUGGCAGAGUGGAGUUUAAUAACACCACCUUCAGUCUGACACUGAAGAACUUAACUAAGAAUGAUGCUGGCACGUAUACAGUAAAAGGAGAUGAUGAAGAGGGGGAAAACAUUAUUGUUGUGCACACACUCACUGUGUUGGAUCCUGUAGUGGCUCCGAAGCUUGAUUUUCUUCCUCAGCAAAACAAAGGCACCUGUAAUGUGACCUGUGAAAGUCAGGGUCUCUCGGUCUCCACUAGCUGUUAUAAUGAAAUCUGCGAGGCGAAAAAUAAGACGUCAUCAGACCUCAACCUUUCCCUGCAUGGAAAUGGCACAACUGUCAGCUGUACUGUCCGCAUCAAAGCCAUCUCAAAGCACACUACUCAGAACGUUACCUUCUGUUUUCAUAAAGGGAAGAGCAACAACUCCAGUGCAAAUGCCAGACAUUCUGGACAAAGCUGUGCAGUGGUAGUAUUCACUGUAUUGCUCAUCUUGGUUACUGUGUCAUGAAACUGAAGCAGAAAACAGGUUAUCUAUUCAUAUAUUUAACUAAAUGUAUGUGUGGAUUCUGAACCUUUCAGUAAUUGUGUAAUUGGAAAUGCUCACUUUAGGACAGAUUUUAAUGACAUAAAUAGAAAUAAACUGAGGUAUAAUUCACUUGUACUUUAUUUACAAGCAUCUGAUUGUGAAUCAAUACUAGUACUUAUUUUCACAUAGCAUCUCUGACACAAAGUACUACUGUUCCACAGCAUGCCUUUGUGAUUUUCUAGGUUUCAUAAACCUUAUCAUAAACCCUAAAACAUUAUCAUAACCCUAAACCUUGAAAUCUGAAUAAACCGGCUUGGACAUGUCAUGGGUUUACAUUAAUAUAGAACUGAUAACAUGACUGGAAGAUUCCUGGUUCAAGCCCCUUGACUUCAAAGUUGGGUCCCUGAGCAAGGCCCUUAACUUGUACUCAGUUGUAAGUUGCUUUGAAUAAAAGUGUCAGCUAAGUUCUCUAAAUGUGUUUUCCACUAGUAAUAUGAUAAGUACAUUAGGCAGUCCCACAACA